GUCACAAUCAAAAAAUUGGUACUGUACUAUGCUGCUGCCAUCUAUGUUGUUUUUGUUGUUGUCUGGAGCGGUGCAUGAUGGUUAAAACCGCGUGUAAACAUUGGGGUACGAGGUAAACUUGUUUUGCUUUUAGCGGCAGCCAUUUUGGCGUGUUUUGGAAUCUAAAAACAGUGAUGUCCACGUUGCAGAAACCCUCAGAUAACGAUGCUUGGGCACUGUUAGCGCUCAAAUCGGCACCUUCAAGUCCAGCAAGAAACGUGCAAUGGAGUGCAGAGCCGAAAGCCGAUGCAAUUGCCCGUCUAGAAGGCAAAGACUUCGAAUAUUUGAUGCGUCAAAGUCGAAUCACCGUCGGAAGAAAUUCAAGCAAAGGGGACGUUGAUGUAAACAUGGGACAUUCUAGCUUUAUAUCACGAGUACAUUUUGAGAUAUACUUCGACAACAUGAAUUUCUUUAUGAAGUGUAAUGGAAAAAACGGAGUGUUUGUAGACGGAGUAUUUCAACGAAAAGGAGCACCUGGGAUGCAACUUCCAAAAACAUGUGUACUGAGGUUCCCAAGUACAAAUAUCCGCAUCAUAUUUCAAGCACUCACUCCAGAUAAUGAACAACUAGCAACAGCCCCUGCAGCCAACUUACCAAGUCCACAGAAAAAGAAAUUAUUUAUGCCACCACUAAAAAUAGACAUCCCUGAGAGAGAGGCUAGCUUUAGUAGUCCCUGUCCUUCACCAACUGGAACAAUAAGCGCUGCUAACUCAUGUCCUACUAGUCCUAGGGGAGGGGCAGGUUUCAGUCGGCCAACAUAUGCCCUCCCUGACCUCCAGAUAGCAGCUGCCGUCUAUGCAGCCCAGUCACGUGAGGAGAAGGAAUCACAGAGCAGUAGCAGCAAUUCACCAAAAGACGAGUCUAAGCCUCCAUAUUCAUAUGCUCAGUUAAUAGUUCAAGCCAUAACUUCAGCUCCUGAUAAACAAUUGACUCUAAGUGGCAUAUACAUAUAUUACAAAAAACUAUCCCUAUUACAGAACUGCAGAUAA